AUGGGUCUCGCAUUUUCCAAGAUCUUCGACAAGCUUUGGGGAAAGAAGGAGAUGAGAAUUCUGAUGGUCGGUCUUGACGCCGCCGGAAAGACUACCAUUCUCUACAAGCUCAAGCUCGGUGAAAUCGUCACGACCAUUCCCACCAUUGGUUUCAACGUCGAGACUGUCGAGUACAAGAACAUUCAGUUCACCGUGUGGGAUGUCGGUGGUCAGGACAAGAUUCGUCCUCUGUGGAGACAUUACUUCCAGAACACCCAGGGUAUCAUCUUCGUCGUCGACAGCAACGAUCGCGACCGUAUCGUCGAGGCCCGUGAGGAGCUCCAGCGCAUGCUCAACGAGGAUGAGCUGCGCGAUGCCAUUCUCCUGGUCUUCGCCAACAAGCAGGAUUUGCCCAACGCCAUGAACGCCGCCGAGAUCACAGACAAGCUUGGCCUCCACUCCCUGAGACAACGCGCCUGGUACAUCCAGUCCACCUGCGCCACCUCCGGUGAUGGUCUCUACGAGGGUCUCGAGUGGCUUGCCACCACCCUGCGCAAGGCGGGUCACCAGUAA